UUCCGGGACGCGUUGGUCUGUACUUUGGUGGACGCUACGUAAUUCACCAACCGGUCUUUUCUCGUCAACCAUCAUCAGCAAUCCACCACGAGUCAUAACGCUCAUUGAGCAAUUUUGUAAAAAAUAUUGCAGUCAAUGCAAGACUUGUGCAGUUAUGAUAGAUACUGAAUAAAAAAUUUAUAAUUGAUGCAUCAUAUGAAUCAACUCAAAACCUUGUAAUUAUUAAUUUUACAAAGCGGAUCGUUGUGUUAUUUUAAAUAGGAGCUGCUGUUGAACAUCAAAAGCCGAGGCCGUGGUAUAUUAAUACAUGAACACGCGGAAGGUUAAAUAAUUGAUAAUCAUCAUGUAUCUUUACAAUUUAACACUUCAACGUGCCACAGGCAUAACCCACGCUGUUCAUGGAAAUUUUUCUGGCAGUAAAAUGCAAGAAAUUCUUGUAUCACGUGGUAAAUCAUUGGAGUUAUUGAGGCCUGAUCCAACAACUGGAAAAGUUCAUACAUUGCUGACUGUUGAAACAUUUGGCGUUAUUAGAUCGUUGAUGGCAUUUAGGUUAACUGGAGGCACCAAAGAUUACAUCGUCAUUGGUUCUGAUUCUGGAAGAAUUGUUAUUCUUGAAUAUAUACCAGCUAAAAAUGUAUUUGACAAAGUUCACCAGGAGACUUUUGGUAAAAGUGGCUGUCGAAGAAUUGUACCUGGUCAAUAUCUUGCCAUUGAUCCAAAAGGACGUGCAGUUAUGAUAGGAGCUAUUGAAAAACAAAAGCUAGUCUACAUUCUCAAUAGAGAUCCAGAAGCACGUCUUACAAUAUCAUCACCACUUGAGGCACACAAAAGUAAUACACUUGUUUAUCAUACUGUUGGUGUUGAUGUUGGAUUUGAAAAUCCAAUGUUUGCAUGUCUUGAAAUUGAUUAUGAAGAUGCUGAUAGUGAUCCAACUGGUGAUGCUGCAAUUAAAACACAACAAACAUUAACAUUGUAUGAGCUUGAUCUUGGUCUUAAUCAUGUUGUUAGAAAAUACAGUGAACCACUUGAAGAACAUGCAAAUUUUUUGGUAUCAGUACCUGGUGGUAAUGAUGGACCAAGUGGUGUAUUAAUUUGUUCAGAAAAUUAUUUAACAUAUAAAAAUUUGGGUGAUCAACAUGAUAUACGUUGUCCAAUUCCAAGAAGAAGAAAUGAUCUUGAUGAUCCAGAACGAGGAAUGAUAUUUGUUUGUUCAGCAACUCAUAAAACAAAAAGUAUGUUUUUUUUUCUUGCACAAACUGAACAAGGUGAUAUAUUUAAAAUAACACUUGAAACAGAUGAAGAUAUGGUUACUGAAAUUAAAUUAAAAUAUUUUGAUACUGUACCUGUUGCAACAAGUAUGUGUGUAUUAAAAACUGGAUUUUUAUUUAUUGCAUCUGAAUUUGGUAAUCAUUAUUUAUAUCAAAUUGCUCAUCUUGGUGAUGAUGAUGACGAGCCAGAAUUUAGUUCAGCAAUGCCAUUAGAAGAUGGUGAUACAUUCUUCUUCGCACCAAGACCUCUGAGAAAUCUUGUUCUUGUUGAUGAGAUGGAUAGUUUAUCACCAAUUUUAGCUUGUCAGGUUGCUGAUUUAGCAAAUGAAGAUACACCACAAUUAUACAUGGCAUGUGGAAGAGGACCAAGAUCAUCACUUCGUGUAUUACGUCAUGGUCUUGAAGUAUCAGAAAUGGCUGUUAGUGAACUUCCUGGUAAUCCAAAUGCCGUAUGGACUGUUAAAAGAAGAAUUGAUGGAAGAACAACAACAAAUGCAUCAUCAGCUGCUGAAGAAUUUGAUGCUUAUAUUAUUGUAUCAUUUGUUAAUGCAACACUUGUAUUGAGUAUUGGUGAAACUGUUGAAGAAGUUACUGAUUCUGGUUUUCUUGGUACAACACCAACUCUCAGUUGUUCUGCUCUUGGUGAAGAUGCUCUUGUACAGGUUUAUCCAGAUGGCAUCAGACAUAUUAGAGCUGAUAAACGUGUCAAUGAAUGGAAAGCACCAGGAAAAAAAACAAUUGUCAAAUGUGCUGUUAAUGAACGACAAGUUGUUAUUGCUUUAACUGGUGGUGAAUUGGUCUACUUUGAAAUGGAUGGGACUGGACAAUUGAAUGAAUACACUGAACGUAAAAAAAUGCCAUCAGAAGUAAUGUGUAUGGCUUUGGGAAAAGUACCACCUGGUGAACAAAGAUCAUGGUUUUUGGCUGUUGGUCUUCAAGAUAACACAGUUAGAAUAAUAUCAUUAGAUCCAAAUGAUUGUUUAGCACCAAGAAGUAUGCAAGCAUUACCAGCAGCUGCUGAAAGUCUUUGUAUUGUUGAAAUGGGUGCAUCAAAAGAAGUUGGUGGUUCUGAUGAUAAUCCAAUAAAACAACAUUCAAGUCUUUAUUUAAAUAUUGGUUUAACAAAUGGUGUAUUAUUGAGAACAGUUCUUGAUCCAAUAUCUGGUGAUUUAGCUGAUACAAGAACAAGAUAUCUUGGUUCACGACCAGUUAAAUUAUUUAGAAUUAAAAUGCAAGGUAAUCAAGCUGUUCUUGCAAUGAGUAGUAGAUCAUGGUUAAGUUAUUAUUAUCAAAAUCGUUUUCAUUUAACACCAUUAUCAUAUGAAAGUCUUGAAUAUGCAUCUGGUUUUAGUUCAGAACAAUGUCCAGAAGGUAUUGUUGCAAUAUCAACAAAUACAUUGAGAAUUUUAGCACUUGAAAAAUUAGGUGCUGUAUUUAAUCAAGUUAGUUUUCCACUUGAAUAUACACCACGUAAAUUUUCAAUUCAUCCAGAAUCAUCAAAUUUAAUUGUCAUUGAAACUGAACAUAAUGCAUAUACUGAAGAAACAAAACAACAAAGACGUUUACAAAUGGCUGAAGAAAUGCAAGAAGCUGCUGGAGCUGAAGAAGCUGCUGUUGCACGAGAAUUAGCUGAAGCAUUUUUAUCUGAAGAACCAAAUGAAGCUGUAUUUGGUGCACCAAGAGCUGGACCUGGUUUAUGGGCAUCAUUAAUUAGAAUUAUUGUUCCAACAACUGGUGAUACUCUAAAUACAUAUAGACUUGAACAAAAUUAUGCUGCAUUAAGUUUAGCACUUGUUAAAUUUGCCAAUCAAGGUGAUCAACUUUAUUUAAUUGUUGGUGUUGCAAAAGAAUAUCAAUUGAAUCCUCGUAUUAGCAAUGGAGGAUUUUUAUAUACAUACAAAGUUAAUGCUGAAGGUAAUCAAUUAGAAUUAUUACAUAAAACAUCAGUUGACGAGGUUCCACUUGCUAUAUGUUCAUAUCAAGGCAGAGUAUUAGUUGGUGUUGGUCGUAUGUUGAGAUUAUAUGAUAUGGGAAAGAAAAAGUUGUUACGUAAAUGUGAAAAUAAACAUAUACCAAAUACAGUUGUAUCAAUAAAUGCUGUUGGUCAUAGAAUAUAUGUUAGUGAUGUACAAGAAUCAGUAUAUGCUGUACGUUAUAAAAGACAAGAAAAUCAAUUAAUUGUAUUUGCUGAUGAUACACAUCCAAGAUGGAUAACAACAACUUGUGUAUUGGAUUAUGAUACAGUUGCAACUGCAGAUAAAUAUGGUAAUAUUGCUGUUGUUAGACUUGCACAUGCAAUUAAUGAUGAUGUUGAUGAAGAUCCAACUGGUAAUAAAGCAUUAUGGGAUCGUGGUUUAUUAAAUGGUGCAAGUCAAAAAGCUGAUACUGUUGCAUCAUUUCAUGUUGGUGAAACAGUUAUGUCAUUACAAAAAGCAACACUUAUACCUGGUGGUUCAGAAAGUUUAGUUUAUACAACAUUAAGUGGUACAGUUGGUGUACUUGUACCAUUUACAAGUCAUGAAGAUCAUGAUUUUUUUCAACAUCUUGAAAUGCAUAUGAGAUCUGAACAUCCACCACUUUGUGGUAGAGAUCAUUUGUCAUUUAGAUCGUACUAUUAUCCAGUUAAAAAUGUCAUUGAUGGUGAUUUAUGUGAACAAUUUAAUUCAAUUGAACCAGCUAAACAAAAGGGUAUAUCUGGUGAUUUAGAAAGAACACCAUCUGAAGUAUCUAAAAAACUUGAAGAUAUCAGAACACGAUAUGCAUUUUAAAUACAAUUUUUUUAUUUAUUUGAAAUUUGUAUAUUCAUGUGAUGAUUGAUGUGUGUAUAAGUGUAAAAGACUGAUUAUUUUUUUUUCUCUUCUCUUUCUAAAUUCACUUUGAACAUUUACUUUUUAGCUAUUGUAAAUAUUAACGAGUCAAUUAAUCAAAGUAUUAUUCUAUCUUUCAUGUUUUUUUUUUUUUAAUUGUGAAUUAUUGAUUAGCAAGUAAGAGGUGUACAUUAACAAAAAAAAGUAAUAAUUAUUCGGCGUGCAAAUUGAUACAUUUAAACAAAUAAAUAUUUAUUAUAAUUAUUUUCUAAUAAAUAAUGGAAUAUUAUUUAAAAUAUACAGUUUAUUGAUGAUUGUAGA